AUGGACUGGACUGGAGGGACCAGGAAACGCUUCGCCGCCGGCCGCAAUAACGCAACCAUACAAAAGCAAAAGGCGCACUUUGCAAAAGCACGCGCCGCGUUACACGCUACACCGAACUCGCAGCGCAGCUUCAGACCAAUCUUCGAACGCGAGAUAACGUUAUCGACUGGGCUUAAAGCUGUGGAACAUAGUCCUACGUUGCGCAGCCUAAACAAUACCCCUGAGCUUCGGGAGCAUGGAAAGCACCGCGAUACCAGAGGCCAUGGCUCUGCCCAUACUCCAUCCACUGCACAACAUCACAACUCUGGUCAUGCCGCGCGCUCGGAAGGUUUUCGACGGCCUGCCGGCAGGCCUAUCCGCAGCCUGGCGGCCGUCCGCUCACGCACCUCGAGCCGACUUGCGCCAGACGUUGCCGCCCGUCGGGAUCAAGCGCCUGGAGCGAUACGGACUGAGGGUAGGACGGAUGAGGAGACGCUACUUCUCGUACGUCGAAGACAGCUGCUGCGUCGGCCGGACUGGCUUGGCCUGUCCAUGAAGCGCCAUGCGGACGUUUCGUACGCAUCUUCAAUCGACAAUGAACAUGUUGGGAAGCGCAGGAAGGUCAAAAGAUCAGCUCUGCGUAACGCUAUUACAGCCACGAACUCUCAAGAUCUGCUACUGCCACAGCGCGAAGUUGUUCGAGAGGACAUGAUGAGCGGAGCACUCCCGUCUGGUCACAUCGAAGUGAAGAUUGGCACGGAUGCGUUUGCAACCCACACCCAGCCUUCGUGCCGAUCACAAACCCCUGGACACACCAGUAUGAGACAGCCAUCUACAGACGUGGCGCUACUCUCGGAGGAAUCGAUGCUUCUUGAGGACGAUGGCGGCAUGUGGGAGGGCCUAACCGUUUUGACGAGCGUACCGUUCAACAAUACGUCGCCCGAAGUACAAACCAUGGUUGCUGAAACUUCACCCAUGAGUGAAAUGCUGGAAUACCUGCAACAUGUCCCUCAGGACGCCAUCAUGCAGGGUACACUAGGCCCGGCCAGGAUGUACGAGAAUGAAGAUGACAAGGAGCGGGAGCUGGGUGUAACGGUUCCAGGAUCCGCGUUCUCUGUGAUACCAGAAUCUACAGACGAAAACGUCGUUGUGCCGACAUUCGGUCGGCGAUCAGCGGGAGAAACCUUCGAACCAAGUCGAGCGAGCAUCCGUGCGUCUGAAGCAGGUACAGAAUUUGUAGAUGAUCGUGUGCAGCCCGUCGAACAGGACGAAGAGAAGUGGAGACGGCUUGCGGGCAUUAAAUGUCAUGCUGGGUCCAGCCAUACAUCGAUGGCGGCAGUGGGGUCGUCGAGCCAACAUCUGACCGCUUCUGAUCACAGUGCAAAAGAACGAGUGGUGCUUGAGCCGGUCAGGGAUGAUGCACCACAGCCGUCCUGGUCUACUCCCAGAGGUGCCGGGACACAAGCCUCUAUACUUCACCAAAGGCAAGCGGUCGUUGAUAGCUGGGCUGGCUCACCGAGCCAUGCUCCGCCAGGCUCACCUUCUGCCUCCCUUCAGCAGAUCAUGCAACUUGCCGAACAGCCAGUGAUACGGAGUAAGCCCCAAGAAGAAGUGAGGGAUGAUGAUGCGCUAUGGAAGUCCUUCAUUAUCGGCAGUCAGAGCAGUUCAGUUGAGUCGUCACCGAGAGUCGUUCCGAAUGCCAUGCAGGUGUACCGUGAGGGGAGUAUGGAGCUGUGUGGCCCGCCAUCACCUUCCGCCGCAAUCAGUGGCUUUGGGACGUCUGACCAUUCGACGACGGGCGAUACCGGUGGCCUCGAUGUAGCAUCGACAACCGCUCCUGCCACCAAAACUUCGUCCCCUGCACGGCAAAAUCGCCGGCGUCGACGCUCUCGACUCAGUGCAGUCUUAGACGACUUGUCAAUGACGCGGGACCUCUCCUUCGAGAACGAUGACAUCGAAGAUAAUCACCACGAAUUAGCUGAACCUCUGCGACCAGGCAACAUUCAUGCUGGAGCAGCAAACGUACUGAAUCCCAAACGCUUCAGAAAGCCGCAGAGGCCGCCUCCCUCCGUGCCAGUGAGGCCAGCGAUACGCCGCACUAAGCGGAAUGCAACGAGGUCGGACGUUACGAGGGCGAGUUCUACACUUCUCUCCGCCAUCGCCGUAGCAGCUCCCUCCGAUCCCCCCAAGCCCUCCAAGCCCUCGACUGAAACACCAGCCAAGCCAGAUUUCCCGGUGACCGCCUGGCUCCACGAAAACGACGACUGCUCCAAACAAAUAGCCUACGUCCACCCUCUUCUCCACGCGCCUGCUGUCUGCAUGCCCAUCCCUGGCACCAACAGCUUCAGCGCCGGGACGAACGGGCCAAACUGCACUCUCACGUACUACGGGACCGGUUUCUGCUUCAACGAACUGGGAAGUGUUGAGGUUGGGCCGAACACGCCCGAUUGCCAUGCCGUGCCGUACUCCUUGAGCUAUACGCUCAAAUGUGGUUGA